AUGUUGCCUUUUAAAAGAACUUAUGAAUCUACUGUGGAUCCUGAAGAUAUUGAAGAAAUUGAAUCCAAUCAACAUUUUUGUUCACAGCAGUUUCAACCACGUGACUUUUUACAGUUUCAGCAACAAAUUUUCUUUAAUUCUCACCUAUAUGCUCAAGAUGAUUUAUCUGUGAUAAAUGAUUUUGAAUUGUAUUCUCAGAUUCAGCCUCCAACGUCAAUAUCUGUUAAUGUAAUGGAUCCAACUCCAUCUACAAGUAUUGACGAUAAAUCAUCUCUAACGUCUGAAGAAUUUCAACGUCUCAAGAAAAUUGUCGAUUUAUUUAUGAAAUCAAAUAAUUCUAAAAAUAAUUCUUCUAAUAUAUCUUCUUCUUUAACAAACCGGAAUUCAACUUCCAUUAUUCUUAAUUUUUCAACUUGUAUUAAUGAGCAAACUGAUAUAAAAUUAAUAUCUUCUCCUUUAAAUUCUUUAAUUAAUCCCACUUUUCCAAAUUAUUAUUUUUUAGUUGAUUUGAUUUUAAAAGUGAAAAAAAAAAAUAUGAACACUAAUUCAACUUUUUUAAGCCAAGAUAUAAGAUCCCCAAAAUUGACUACCUAUUGUAUAAAAUAUGCAAAUGAUACUCCCACAUUUAGCCCAUCUGGGCUUUCGAUAAAUCCUUCAUUAAAUGAUCUUUGUAGAAGUUUGAUUAAUCUUUAUUUUACAAAACUUAAUCCUAUCAUUCCUCUUAUUGAUCCAAAAAGAUUUCGUGAUCAAUGCGAAAGAAAAAAAACAAAACAUUUUGAAUUAUUACUUCACUCUAUUUUAACCAUGGUUUCUGUAAGAUUUCCUUGUGAUCCUUCUUUAAAACAAUCUUUAAAAACACCGGCUAGUAUUUUCUUUAAUUCUGCAAAGAAACUAUUGGAUACAAUGUAUGAUACUCCAAGAUUGGAAACUAUACAAUCAUUAUUACUUUUAAGUAUGUCUGAACUUACUCCACCAAGAUUUGAUAAUGGUUACAUGUUUCUUGGUAUGGCCAUUCAAAUGGCACAUCUGUUACGUAUUGAUGUAAUCGAUAAUUCUUUGGAUCCUGCUGAAAAUGAAGAAAGACAAAGAAUUUAUCAUUGUCUAUAUAUCCCAAAACCUCCUGCGCUCAAUUACGUGCCAAAUCAAGUUCCUUUACCAAAACUAGUCUCAUUUCCUCAAUUAGUGAAAGAUCACUUUAUAGCGUCUGUAGAGCUUUCGCAUAUUCUUGGAUGUAUUUGGACAUUCGGUUAUUCUCCGAGUUCUAAACCAUCAUAUAAAGAUUGGCGCCAUCAUUUAGCAAAUCCUGCAAGUGAUUUUAAGAAAAUACGUUCUGCAUUAGCAAAUUGGUUAAAAAAAUUACCAAACACUUUACAAUAUCUUUACCUCCCUGCUACGGAUUUGAGAAGUAUUUAUCAACUAGCAAGCUUUUCUGACCCAAUUCAAAUUUGUCUCAAUUCUGCUAUUGCAAUUAUUGAUAUUACAAAAACGACUCGUGAAUUCGACGCUGAUGCAUUUUAUCACUUUACUUCUGCAAUCUAUGGCCUAUUACAAGCCACAACUAUACAACUCGUUAUUAUGAAUAUAUCAAAAGAAUAUAAAUCUAUCGUUAAAUUAUCAUUAGAAAAUUCUGUCAAGGAAGUAAAGUUGGUUUCUAAACGUUGUGCUCUUCGUAUAUUACAGGAUGCUGCAAACGAGUUAGAAAAUAUUGUAAAGGUCAUUAAUGAAUUGAAAUCCUCCAAUGAUAUCUCACAAUUAUCUGAAUUUCAAGACGACCAUAAUAAUGAUGAAGAUGGACUUUCAAGCCUAUAA